AUGGUCAUGUACGAUCCGGCGGCAGCGAAUAAUUACCGCGACUUCAAAGUAAUGCGGUGGAAACGGGCCCGGGAAGAGGAGCAGAAGAACGACAUUUCACGUUCGUUGGCGGCUGCAGCGGGGAUGGGGCCAUCGCCGUUUGAGAUGCCAGAGAUGAUGUCCACGACGGCAAGGGAUGAAUUUGCCUACGGCAUCCUUGGCGGCGGCGGCGACACGAUGCAGUUUCAUCUAAGUGCGGAGGAGCUGCACCAGCGCCGUGUUCGACAGAGUGCCGCGUUGGGCAUCACUACCGCGAUGAAGUUGGAGCGCGACGAACUAGAGGCGGCGCAUAAAGCGAGAGUUGCCGCCGGCAUGGACCGCAAGGGACGCAUUGGGCAGAAGUUAGGCAAAUUGAUGAGUGCGGCAGCCACGAAAGGCAACACCACCGACACGAACGCCAUUGCUGACAGCGCCGGAACGGGAAAGAGCACUUCAGGAGGAGACACGACGCCAGCACCAGGAACAUCUACGCCAACAUCUACUAUGUUGCUUGCAGGCAGCAGUGCGCAGCUUGUCUUUCAGAGGUCGGAGCUGGCUGCUGGUGGGUACGUUGUGCGUGAGGACGUCGGCACCCUGGAUAAGCGCAGGAUGCACCGCGGGAAACCAAGCUCUACCAUCCUCAUUCGCUUUGUUCGCGACGGGCCUCCGGUGGAGAUGUUUGAUGACACCGCCAACGGUGACAGUGACAAUACGGCGAUGCGGAAUGCAUUCCUGGAAAAUAUUCAGUGUUUAUGCGGGCAAUGUGGUGUUGUGCGUUCGGUGCGUUACGUCGUCUUGAGUGAUGCGGAGAAGGUGUCUCUGCGUGCUCGUUUGGAAAAGGAAGACGUGACGGCUGCUUCCGCCGGGGUGGAGACACGUCUGGCGCGUGAGAUGGUCCGUGUGUUGGUCCGUUUUGACACCGUGGCGAAUGGCUUCAAAGCCCUGGAGAUGCUACAGCAGCGUCACGGCUCCAACUGGGACGUCUGUUUUUUUUCCACGCAGUUGUUUGACGCAGGGGCGCUUGGGCCGGCGGAGGGUGAAGCACUCUGUUGCAGCUGA